AUGGCACCGAUAGAGGCCCCACAAUUGUCUAUCCCAGGGGGAGGCAUUCCGUCCAGCUCUGGGUCUUUUGAAGAAACUUCAACGGCUCAAAACGUACAAGAAAUGGGCCAGCAACUGCCCCUGCAGCAGAGAAGCAGCAUGGACCAGACUUUUGACGAUAUGUUGGGUUUUAUGGGCCAACACCCGGUAUUGACCGGUGUGGGAGGAUUUCUGGGGCUUUAUUUCGCCGCAGGAGCGUUCAAAAGCGUUUCCAAGGCGCUUGGAGGCGGCAAAACAGGCGUGCAGUUUGCCAAAGGCGGAUUCGACCCUAAGAUGAACGUCAAAGAGGCAAUGCAGAUUCUAAACGUAAAUGAGGCUAAUUUGAACCGCAAGAAGCUCAAGGAGGUUCACAGACGGAUCAUGUUGGCGAACCAUCCGGACAAGGGCGGCAGCCCGUACUUGGCCACGAAGAUCAACGAGGCCAAAGACUUUCUCGAGAAAAGAGGAGUGAGGAAAUAG